AUGAGGAUGGAAGGAGGGGAGGAAACGCAGGCUCCAGAGAGGGUGUCUUUGACCUGGGAGAGCCACCCGCCGCAGCCCGCAAACAGCAGCCGGGCUAAGUGGGUCCGGCUGAACGUCGGGGGCACGGUUUUCCUCACCACCAGGCAGACCUUGUGCCGGGAGCAGAAAUCGUUCCUCUGCCGCUUGUGCCAGGGGGAGGAGCUGCAGUCAGACCAGGAUGAGACUGGUGCAUACCUUAUAGACCGGGACCCCACAUAUUUUGGACCCAUCCUGAAUUUCCUCCGUCAUGGCAAGCUGGUACUGAAUAAAGACAUGGCUGAGGAGGGGGUUCUAGAAGAAGCUGAAUUCUAUAACAUCGGCCCUUUAAUCAGAAUAAUCAAGGACAGACUGGAGGAGAAGAACUACACCGUAACACAGGUGCCUCCGAAGCAUGUGUACCGGGUGCUGCAGUGCCAGGAAGAAGAGCUCACUCAGAUGGUUUCCACUAUGUCAGAUGGAUGGCGCUUUGAGCAGCUGGUGAAUAUUGGGUCAUCCUAUAACUAUGGGAAUGAGGACCAGACAGAGUUCCUGUGCGUAGUCUCCAAAGAGCUGUACAACUCACCCAAUGGCCUGAGCUCUGAGCCUAGCCGCAAAGCCAAGGUGAGACCAACCUGCACUUCACCGUCCUUGUUAAUGGCUUGUCUUCAUCACCAUAAGAGCCUCUUCUCUGUUUCCUCCCUCCCCCUCAGUGGUGGGCUAACCAGGUGGUGAAAUGUCAUGGCCUGUCCCUUUGUUCAGAGUCAUGAAGUGCUACCUCCUAAAGAACAGGACCUUGUGUGUGUGGCAAAUCACUAUAACAAGGUACCCCUGUCCUUCUCGUGCCUCCCCAGUCUGCCUCCUCAUCUCUCUUCCUACCCACGCUGAGUGUGUCACUAUCAUCAGACCCAUCAGUGUGGGAAUACCCAUAAUGCUUUGCAGUGGGUACCUUUGUUUGCUGACUAGAGGACCACAUCCUCUUUCUGGAGAGUAAGGAACGCUUUCUCCACUGAGCUGUGGUGUGUGGAAAUGGGAAGCAUUCUCCUCACCGUCAGGCCAGAGAGGGAGGGGAGAAACUCCGUUGGGGCACACUUUCUUGGUAGAUACAGACACACAGAACAUGGGAAGGACCAAAAUCCAUCGGUCCCCGACAACCCUCUGCAUUUCUAUGUGGGGAGACGUACCUGCCUGAUUCCCAUGGACAAUCCCUGCUCAGGGUUCCAGAGGAAGCCUGAAUUUCUCUGAACCCUAAAGGUCUUCAAGCCAUUCCUCCCUAUACCCAAAUCUGGCCGCUGCUUUGAGCCCUUGCGCAUGAGCAAGAAUCACCAUGGCAGAUCUUGCAAGUGUCUCCGAUCUUUCUUCCCUUUGUACUGCAUGCUGGGCCGCAGAGCACAGAGGAGGAUCCAGAGGAGGAAGAGCAGGAGGAGGAGGAGGCAGAGGAGAAAGGUGCAUCAAAUC